GUGCUCUCGUGCCGGAAGUCGCGUGUGUGCGGCCGGGCCUGUGUGCGGUGCUGUGGCGGCAUGGGCCGCAGGAGAACCCCGGGCUCUGGGUCCCUCGGCCGGGCCCUGAUUCGCCACCAGACUCAGCUGAGCCGUAGCCGCCGUCACACCGACUCCUGGCUACACACAAGUGAACUCAACGAUGGCUAUGACUGGGGUCGUCUUAAUCUUCAGUCAGUGACUGAGCAGAGCUCCCUUGAUGACUUCCUUGCAACUGCAGAGCUAGCGGGAACAGAAUUUGUAGCUGAGAAGCUUAAUAUCAAGUUUGUACAUCCUGGGGUUGGGACUGGACUGCUGUCUUUGGAGGAGAGCCAGAGAAUUAGUCAACUCCAUGAAGAAAACAAACAGUUCUUGUGUAUACCAAGGAGGCCAAAAUGGGACAAAAAUACUAGCCCAGAAGCGCUCAGACAGGCAGAGAAAGAUAACUUCCUAGAAUGGAGACGUCAGCUUGUCAGGCUAGAAGAGGACCAAAAGCUGAUAUUAACUCCAUUUGAAAGAAAUUUGGACUUUUGGCGCCAGCUCUGGAGGGUGAUUGAAAGAAGUGAUAUUGUGGUCCAGAUAGUAGAUGCCCGGAACCCGCUUCUGUUUCGAUGUGAAGAUUUGGAAUGUUAUGUAAAAGAAAUAGCUGGUGAUAAGGAGAAUGUCAUCCUGAUAAAUAAAGCAGACUUGCUGACUGCCGAGCAGCGAAGUGCCUGGGCCACAUACUUUGAAAAAGAAGGUGUGAAGGUUAUUUUCUGGUCAGCCUUGGCUGAAACCAUUCAACUGGCUGAUGACCCUAAGGAACAGAUCAGUGGAAAUGCUGGAGAAGCCAGCACAGCUGAAUGUGAAGACUCCAGCUGCGACGAGGCUGAACUUCCACUUGAUAAAACUGAGUAUCGCCAAGGUGGAGAUUCUUGCUCACUCAGUGAAGCUGCCUCUGGUAGUGAAGAUGACAGUGAGUAUGAAGACUGUCAGGAGGAGGGAGAGGAGGAGGACUGGCAAACAUGUUCAGAAGAUGACAGCACCCCUGAUAAAGAGGCCUGUGACCAGGACUGGGAAGAGAGCAGUACUGUUGAUUCUGAGUCUCGGGUCCAGAAGACCCCACAAAAGAGACAGAUACACAAUUUUAGCCACUUGGUAACAAAGCAGGAGUUACUGGAAGUCUUUAAGAAUUUACACACUGGGAAGAAGGCAAAAGACGGACAACUUACUGUUGGAUUGGUGGGCUACCCAAAUGUUGGUAAGAGUUCAACCAUCAACACCAUCAUGGGCAAUAAGAAAGUAUCUGUGUCUGCCACGCCUGGCCACACCAAGCAUUUUCAGACUCUCUAUGUAGAACCUGGCCUCUGCUUAUGUGACUGCCCGGGCCUGGUGAUGCCAUCCUUCGUCUCCACCAAGGCAGAGAUGACUUGCAAUGGAAUCCUCCCCAUUGACCAGAUGAGAGAUCAUGUCCCACCUAUAUCACUAGUUUGCCAGAAUAUUCCCAGACAUGUUUUAGAGUCUACCUAUGGCAUUAAUAUUAUAAAGCCCAGAGAGGAUGAAGAUCCCAAUCGACCUCCAACAUCAGAGGAACUGUUGACAGCUUAUGGAUAUAUGCGAGGAUUCAUGACAGCACAUGGACAGCCAGACCAACCUCGAUCUGCACGCUAUAUCCUGAAGGAUUAUGUCAGCGGCAAACUGCUAUACUGUCAUCCUCCUCCUGGAAGUGAUCCUAUGACUUUUCAGUAUCAAUACCAACGAUUCCUCGAGAACAAAAUGACAAGUGAGGAAAUGAAAAUGCAGCCAGGAAGAAAUAAGAAAGCAAAACAGAUUGAAAAUGUAGUUGACAAAGCUUUUUUCCAUCAGGAAAAUGUGAGAGCUUUGACAAAAGGAGUCCAGGCUGUGAUGGGUUAUAAGCCUGGCAGUGGCCUGGUGACAACAGCCACCAUGAGUGCUGAGAGCAGGGCUGGGAAGCCCUGGAAAAAACAUGGCAAUAGAAAUAAAAAAGAGAAAAGUCGAAGACUGUACAAACACCUGGACACAUAAACUUGACCUGCACCAGGAUUGACAUCUGUCUGCACGGCAGAAGUGGCUCUGUGGCUGUGGUGCUACAGAACACACCCGAUCUGGUGGGUGUCGAGACUGAGGUUUUCUGGAAGCACUGGUUGACUAAGGCAGUUAUCUUGGGGUCCAGAAGCCUGCCCCUGCACAAGAUGAGGAAUGAAUGGUAUUAUGAGUGUUUGUGUAAAUAUAUACACAAAUGUAUACUAAUUUGUAAGCUGGAAAUUUUUUUGACAAGAGAAUAAAAUUUCCAAAAGCACAUA